AUGUCGUCGACUCAGCAUUCCUUCCAGGACUGGAACUAUCCAUCGAGCUUCCGGGAUAUUGACUCAAAGAGCUCUGAGCACUUCAAAGAAUCCCAAUCACAAGAGAAACAAGCCAUUGCUGCUUCCGUCGAUGAGCUUGACGAGUCAACCUACCGCUCACCACUGCAGCUAUCGGCUAUCGAGACUCUAAAGUAUUUCGAGGAUAGCAAGGUCUUGGACUUGCUCUCAAAAAAUGCGUUACGGCGACCACUAAGGACGACUACGAGACCAUCUUCUGCAUUUUCCGGUUAUUUACCAGCCUACGGCGGCCAGAACUCUCAUAUCACGUCGACAAACUCCCUCGGUUCACAUCGCUUCGUGAAAAAUAACCCACGACAAGUCUUCACUCAAGAAGCUCGUCCAUCACGUGUCACAAAUCCACAACCUUGGAGGUGCGUAAAUAUGUUCUGCGAUACACACCGGAACCUUCAGGUCUAUACCACUUGUGAUGGGUGGAAGAGACACAUGAAAGAACAUGAGACAGACUGGCCUUGCAUGCCGUACGGGCCGUUUGAAACUGCAGGAACUGGGCUGAUCUGUGCGCUUUGUGGUUCAAUGAACCCCAGCGAAAGCCACAUGGCUGACCACUCCAUUGGUGAAUGUGGGGACACAUCCGCUAAGCGUCGCGGCGUUUCAAGAAGGGCCAACCUCGAAGGGCAUCUGCUGCGAUCUCAUGGAGUCUCUGACAAUCGUACUCGCGGUCUUGCUGAUAAAUGGAAAAGAACACUCCGUAAGAAACAUUAUGCAUGUGGAUUCUGCGUCUGUAUCUUCUCUACAAUCCUCGAACAGUUGAACCAUAUCGAUAUGGAUCAUUUCAGGAAAGGUCAACUGAUAAAUGAGUGGAGUGCCACCAAUGUGAUUCGAGGCCUCUUGCUUUCACCGACGGUAGCCAGCUCAUUCCAACAUCUACUUAUCUCAGACCAUUUUGCAAGUGACCGAGAUCUUCAUUGGGAUAGGGAUAUGAUCGAAGACUUACAACGAAGACUGGAGAUGGCAGAGGAUGCGGCAGAGACCCUUGCGUUUGCUGCAUACAGGAUGCUUGCAUUCAAUUUGAGCCGGCAGAACUCCAACGGGCAGUAUCCCCAAAUGAUCCUCUCGGGUCUAAAUUUCAUCGGCCAAGGCGAGGGGUCAAUGGGUUUUUUCGCUGAUCCAGCCGAGAGCCUGGAAAUGAACAGUAAGCAUCAGCUCGUGGAAGUUGCGCAAGGCUCGGAACAUCCCUGGUCUUUGGAUGGAAACCACAUCGCAGCCCUUAGUACUAGCUGUUUGAGGCCGACAUAUGGGCUGGCAUUGGAACGAAGUGAUGCACCAGAAGCACAAAUUAGCAUGGAGUAUCAAGGCGCCUACCCUUUAGCGCCGGGAGGGUUCCCAACCGUCAGCGCUAGCAGUGCGACACGGUCGCAACCCGUUUGUUCACAAAUCCAGAUCCAAUCAGCAUCCAGCCUUACCGACUUUACCUCCCCGUCGGGAUACGACAGCUCUGGCACAAGUACGCACUGGCAAGCCGCUCCAUCGAUCACACCUAGCCCCUUGCAAUCCGCAGGCGCCGCAGAUAUGCUUGGAGAGCAGUCCAGGACAUACCACGGACCUACCCGCAACACCAAGACGGCUGGGACCCUGCCUUCUGAUCUCGACGGUCGUGCACAGUCGUCCAGCUGGGAAGGAGGCUUGUUUUUCUUCGACACUUGCGAUCCUAGAGAUUUGGUCAAGAACUCGAGAUAG